AUGAACCCUCCCCAUGACCUACCUUCCCCAACCUGCCGCCCUUCAGAUAUUGCUGAACCAGACUUCCCAUCAUCCCUGAGUAUUGGCCGUGCUGGCUGGGUUGAACAACAUCCAGAAGGCACCAGGUUGGGGAGAUUUGCCUUGGGCUGUGCUGUGAUGCUUCACACCAACAAAGGAAUCAGAAUUGGCUUCCCCUUACCAACCCCAAAAGAUGUCCACACAGCCCAAAUGGAAGCCCUUCUCGCUUCAAACGAGAGCUUCCGAACUGGCUCUUCAAGCGGUCCUCUGACAAUUGACCUCAACUAUUUCGGAGAUUUCCUUUUUAAAAAAAGCUCAACAAUUUUGGGAUGUCCUGGUUUUCUGACCCUAACUUCCAGAAUAAGAAAAAGGUGCAUUACUUAA